UUGAAACUCAUGAUCAUCAUCUUCUACCUCAAGAUUUGAUAACUCAAAUCCUGUUGAGGUUGCCGGUGAAGUCUCUUGUCCGGUUCAAGUGCGCAUGCAAGUUAUGGCGGUCUAUCAUAUCCCAUCCCCACUUUGCAAGCUCACAUUUUGAUCUUGCUCCUCCUAGACUCAUAUUGAGUUCCUUUGAAGCUAUUCAAACCAUGGACGUAGAGGGUGGAUGGCGUCAGUCUUAUCCUUUUUCUGAAAAAAUAAAUGCUGAUUUUGUGGCUCCUAUUCAAAUUAUGGGUUCGUGUAGAGGCUUUCUGCUAUUGGACUGUGAUGAAAGUGUCUUUUUGUGGAAUCCAUCCACACAUGUCCACAAAUCAAUACCUUCAUCUCCUCCUGUUUAUCCAUAUGGUUUUGAAUCAAAAUAUGAGUUCUUGGAGACUCCUCAGCUAUAUGGUUUUUGUUAUGAUUCAUCAAAAGAUGACUACUUGGUGGCUAAAUUCUAUGUUCGUGGUCAAUCAGGUUCCUCACCACCUGCACAUGUGCAGAUUUUCUCAUUAAGAGCUAAUGUGUGGAAAUACAUUGAUUUCACUGAUUUGCCUCACUUGAACCUAUGUGAAGAUUUUCUAAGACCCGGGUUGCUCUUCAACGGGACCAUUCUUCACUGGUUGACUUAUGAUUAUGAUAAAUCAAUGAGUGUUAUUAUUGCCUUUGAUUUAAUGGAAUUGAGAUUUUUUGAGAUACCCCGGCCAGAUAAUAUUGCUCAUGAUCUUACAUCUUGUGGUGAUUUGUGGGUGCAUGGAAGAUUUUUGAGUCUAUGGGUUUGGGGGAGUGAUACAAAUACAAUUGAUAUCUUGGUUAUGGAAAAAUACAGAGUACAAUCUUCUUGGACCAAGACUCUUGUUGUAUCUUUGACACGCAGAGGAAAACACCUUCGCCCAGUAUGCUCUACAAAAAAUGGUGAUAUUAUUAUGGCGAGUGAAAAUGGAUCAAAACUGGCCAAGUAUAAUGAUAAAGGGAAACGGCUAGAGCAUUGCGUACAUCGUGAUUAUCGAAAAUCCCAAGUGCCCAUGUAUACAGAGUCUAUCAUUUCACUCCCUAGUGUAACUGAGCAGAGCUCAAAAUUCUGACUAGAAUAUCGGAUGAUGUUAUUACUGGAUAUGCUUUUAUG